AUGGUACGCAUAGAAGGACUUCAACUCAGCAUCCAAGAUCUACUUGGAAGUGAAGCAACCGACCAGGACAUACACGCACGUGUCCGGAAGUCUGUGGUUGAGAGAUGGAACAACCGCAGGAAGUGGAUUGGAAAUCUACAGCAGCAGGCCAAUAUGGAGGAUGCUUUGAGUUUCAACUCCUUUGGAGCUGACAAAGAGGAGUUUGAGAAGUACCAGUCUUCACAGUCGCACCUGGAAUACUUGCAGAAGAGCUUAGGGCCUCUAAACAAUGAAGAUGACAAGUUUGUCUUCAUUGUCAAGGGCAAGGACAGUCUUGUGCUCUUACAGGGUGUUUCCACUGAAAAGUCUGUUUGUUAG